AAAUUAGACUCCAUGACUCCUUGUUAAGCUUAUGUUACUUUUGAUAAGUUUGCUACACUAUUUAUCUAGUAAAAGGAUGCAAAGAAAUUUGGCAAGGUGUAUUGUCUGUCUGCUAGGAACAUAAGAUAGAGUUUUUGGCGGCGCCAAAGUGACUGGUGAGGCGUGAAAAUCCCCACUGUGGAACGAUCAAAAAUAUUGGAGAACCACUGCCGUAAAAUUGGUGGUAUGUUGGCGCACAAACUGCGAGUGUGUGACGGUGGCAUGGGCUCUACUCUCGCUCUCCACGGGCUAUCGAUGGAGACUGACCCACUGUGGAGCGCACGUCUACUACAUUCCAACCCUUCUGCCAUUCAAAGAGUUCACAGCGACUUCCUUGAUGCGGGCGCGGAGAUCCUGGUGAGCAACAGCUACCAGGCCAGCGUGGAAGGUUUCGUGCGUCACUUGGGCGUGUCGUCUGAAGAAGCUCUGGCGCUAAUCGGCAACAGCGUUCGAUUGGCACAAAAUGCGGCCCAAAACACAAACAAAACGGACAUAUUGGUGGCGGGAUCGGUCGGUCCGUACGGCGCGUGUCAGAACGACGGAUCAGAGUACACGGGAGCUCACGUGUCCGGCAUGACAGACGAGCAACUCAUGGAUUGGCACCGGCCGAGGGUCAAACAAAUCGUUCAGUCUGGGGCUUCUUUGCUCGCAGUUGAAACUCUUCCAGCCGUCAAAGAAGCUUUGGCCGUCCUCAGAUUACUCCGAGAAUUUCCCGGCACAAAGGCUUGGAUCACUUUUUCAUGCAAGGACGGUAAACACACCAAUGCAGGGAACGAUUUCGGCUCCGCCGUGCAGCGGUGCUGUUCGGUGGGCGGUGAUGCCCUGGUGGGCGUGGGGGUCAAUUGCUCGUGCCCCAGCCUCGUUCUGCCUCUCCUGGAGUCCCUCGAUGGGCACCCUGGAGUGCCUCCUCCAGAUAUUAUGCCCAGAAUUGUUUACCCUAAUUCUGGCGAGAUUUGGGUCGCUGGCAAGGGGUGGACGUCAAACCCAGCCCCCCUGGAGUGGCCAGUGGAGGAGUGGGCGCGGCGAGGAGCGCGGGUGAUAGGAGGCUGCUGCCGCGUGGCUCCAAGCGAUAUAAAAACUAUCGCACAAACCGUGGCCAAAAUAAAUCUCAAGAACCUCUGAAAAUUUGUCAUAUGCGAGGAAGACACAAAUUUAUGACACUAAUUGUACAAGAGCUGAUGAAGAGUAAAACAUGAAUAAAAUUACUGAGAUUCUCACGUCAUCUGUCUUGCCGCCACGAAGUUCACACAUGAUGAUUAUACGUAUAUAGAGAAACUCUUCAUAUCAGCACGACGACUAGUACGAAAUGUAACUCCUUCACCAGCACUCCUCAACCAUUUUCUUCCUCAAAUAAAAAUUAACAAUCAAGUGACAUAAUACCGACCUGCCAUGCACUAAAAUACCUUGUUUCCCAACUUGCAUCUCUAAAACAAUUGCUACCAUCAUUGCUCCAUACCUAGUUGCAUUAUCGAUUGAUGUUAAAAGUGAACACAAAAUGACGGUAACUCGUAGGUUAGUUUAAAAACGCCCAUUAUUAUUAAAGAUACCUGCUAAUCGCAGCCAGCAUGCAGGUGAAGAAAAGCUGCAACAACAUAAACGUAUCUACACUAAUCACGCAACUGCAAAGAAGUAAUAUUUAUACAAUUGUCGUCUUUAAAAAUACUCCAGCGUUCCGUACCCACACAGGUGGCUGAAGGACAUAUGAAAAGUAUAAGUGAGAUUACCAUCCUAAUGAAAACAAUGAUGAUGGUGUAGAUGAGGAAGAGUUGUACAAAACUAAUUAUCUGCAGCUCCUCGCGAAAAUGUGUCAUUUCUCAAUUUGAACCAUUUCAACGUUGGGAAGAUUCAAAGAGCAAAAUCACAUCUGAGUGAUCACGGAAAAAUUUGCUCGUCGUGUAUAUCUUGAUCCUGAGAAGAUAAAACAUAAAUGUAUAACGCUGACUAUUGCUGAAAGACGUCUGUGCACAAAUUGAAGUAGAGUCCCGCGAGUUAUGUCACUUGCGAUGAGGUCUAUUGUGUUUGUUAUAAGGCUUGUAGUUACCACGCCUGUAGCUGCUGGAGACAUCUUGCCCUCGGGGCUUGCGCUCUGCAAAGGUAAAUUUCUCACAGUAUUGUGGUAAAGAACUCAAAGAAUUU